ACCCGAGUAAAGGGAGAGCCGUUAGUUCGUUAACGCUAGUAGAGGAGGAAAUCUGACCGUCCAUGUCUUGACUACAAACAUUAACCGUGCUGACAACAUAAUUGGCAGCAAUGUCGAGAGAAAACACCACUCGGAGUUUGGACAGCAUAGACCUCGCUGCUUUACGAGAUCCAGCAGGUAUCUUUGAGUUGGUGGAGGUCGUGGGCAAUGGAACCUACGGUCAGGUGUACAAGGGUCGCCAUGUCAAGACAGGCCAACUGGCAGCUAUCAAAGUCAUGGACGUCACAGAGGAGGAAGAAGAGGAGAUAAAGCUGGAGAUCAACAUGUUGAAGAGUUAUUCCCACCAUAGAAACAUCGCUACCUAUUAUGGUGCUUUUAUUAAGAAAGGUCCUGCUGGACAGGACCACCAACUCUGGUUGGUGAUGGAGUACUGUGGAGCCGGCUCGGUGACAGAUUUGGUGAAGAAGACGAAGGGGAACUGUCUGAAAGAGGACUGGAUCGCUUAUAUCUGCCGAGAGGUGCUCAGGGGUCUUUCCCAUCUUCACUCCCAUCAUGUGAUUCACAGAGACAUUAAGGGACAAAAUGUUUUGCUCACAGAGAACGCCGAAGUCAAACUGGUUGACUUCGGGGUGUCGGCUCAGCUGGACAAGACGAUUGGCCGGAGGAACACCUUCAUCGGCACCCCUUACUGGAUGGCUCCGGAGGUCAUCGCCUGUGACGAGAACCCAGAGUCCACAUACGACUACAGGAGUGACCUCUGGUCUUUAGGCAUCACUGCUUUAGAGAUGGCUGAAGGAGCCCCCCCUCUGUGCGACAUGCAUCCGAUGAGAGCGCUGUUUCUGAUUCCGCGGAAUGCUCCACCCAAACUGAAAUCAAAGAAGUGGUCCAAGCGUUUCUUGUCGUUCGUCGACAGCUGUCUAGUCAAGAACCAUCUGCACCGACCCACGACCGACGCCCUGCUGAGACACGCCUUCAUCAGAGACCUGGCUAAUGAAAGACAAGUGCGCAUCAUGCUCAAAGAUCACCUGGACAGAACCAGGAAGAAGAGAGAGAAAGAGGGUCCAGAGUACGAGUAUAGCGGCAGUGAAGAAGAAGAAGAUGAGGUGGCAGAAGAGGAAGGAGAACCCAGCUCCAUAGUGAAUGUACCUGGCGAGUGGACGUUAAGACGGGAGUUUCUUCGUUUACAGACACAGGAUCGUGAAGGGGGCAGAGAGGGAGGCCACGCAGGAGGUGGAGGUCAACAAAGACAACAGGCGUUACAGCAGCACAGGCAGCAGUUGGCAGAACAGGAACGAUACAAGCAGCAGUUACUGGCUGACAGACAGAAGAGGAUCCAACAACAACACGAGCAACGGCAAAAGUUGGAGGACCAACAGAGGCGACAGCUGACAGACUGCGCCUUUCAGUGGGCGGAGCUCCAGGAGAUCUUGCUCGGGGAGGAGUCUGAUCUCCAUGACAACAGAAUCCAGCUGGAUGACAGGAACCGGAGGGGCGACAGGAGACAGCAGGAGCAGCCUGGCAGACAGCUGAGUGCCGAUGUGUCAGUAAGGCCUCUGGACUCUCCAACAGAGCAGAGAGCUGUGGCUCCAAACCAGCUGCUUCAGCACAAGGCCCAGCAUUCGCAGCCUCAGCUGCAGCCGCAAGCCAAGCUCCAGCCUCUGGCCCAGCAUCAGCAGCCCUCAGCGGGCAGGAGAUCCCACCGCACCCUGCCCAAGGACCAAACCCAGCUCCUGUCACUUCAGCACGACCAUAGACACAGGGAGAGAGAAAGGGAGCGAGAGAGGCAGAGGCAGAGAGAAAAGCCUGUGGCAGCCGUCCAGAAGCUAACGGCUAAUACUGGGAGCACAGCUGCUGUUGCUGCUGCUGCUGCCGCUGCCGCCGCUGCUGCUUCCUCGCCCAGUCGCCCGUCAAACAGCCAGCGCUCAGUGAUGGAUUUCCAGGAAUCAAACUUAACCAGGCUGCUUUUGGCCGCUGGUCUGCCCACCCAGAUGCACUCGAGGCUGGGCUCUGGGAGCAGCUCUAGUCCUUGUACCCCAGCCAUGCAGAGAGCUCACUUCAACCAGAAUGCCAAUCUGCGCUCUAGUCGAGAUGCCCCUCACAGCAGCUCCAUGUCAGAUAUGGUCAUCUCCCCUUUGUCCCCCUUUCCUCCCCUGUCCCCAACUGAUGAUGUUUUCUGGGACCAUGUCGAGACUCCACCUAAGGUCCCAGAGCGCACUACGUCCAAGUUCUACUGUAGAGAGCAGAUGAUGGGACACAAGAGGGCUGCUUCAAGGUUACUUCAAGCUGGAGAGUCCACUCUUACAUCACCGUCUGCAGCCGCACAGGAGAACACCAGAAAGCAUCAGCAGCGGACAUACACAGUCGCUCUUCGAUCUUGUGACUCACCUGAACUCUCUCACUCAUGUUGCUCCUCUCCCCGUCAAGCAGGGUGUAAAAUCUGCACUCAGCCGGCUCAACAAGGCCACAGAAUACUCCUCCUCCAGUGAUGAAGUCGGCAGCAGUGAUGAUGAAGAGAGCAACAGGUCUGGCCUGUCAAAUGGAAAGGGGAAAUACUUCAGAGGAAUACCUGAUGGCAUCCUGCUGCAACCUCACCACAAUCUCAACCAGAUUUCUCAAAGGGGGUCAGAUGACACCUAUCUGCUGCCAGACCUUCUGCAGAAAAUCUCUUCAUCCAGCCCUACCCAUAAUGCGUUGGGCCAGCAGCAGCGAGCGCAUGAUCUCAGUUACUCACAAUUGCCCACGGCCCCUCGAUCCCCCACACACCAGGAACUACAUGCUGUCGGCAGUCCAACUGGUAAAAACACCUCCACAUCUUCCACUUCCUCCUUCCUGUCCUUCAUCGAUCCAAGAUUGAUCCCCAUAUCAUCACCACCACAGAGCCCUAGCAGCAAGGGUGAGCCAAUCAAGAGAGAGAACCACAGGAAGGGCUCUGUGGUGAAUGUGAACCCGACCAACAUUCGACCACAGAGCGACUCUCCGGAAAUCCGAAAGUACAAGAAAAAAUUCAAUGCUGAAGUUCUCUGUGCUGGACUGUGGGGUGUGAAUUUAUUGGUGGGGACAGAAAGUGGUCUGUGGCUGCUGGACCGAAGCGGUCAGGGGAAGGUGUACUCGCUCAUCAGCAGACGAAGGUUUCAGCAGAUGGAUGUACUGGAAGGACUCAAUGUUCUAAUCACUAUAUCAGGUAAAAAGAACAAGCUGCGUCUGUACUACCUGUCCUGGUUGAGGAAUAAAAUCCUCCACAACGACCCGGAGGUGGAGAAGAGACAGGGUUGGACAUCAGUAGGUGAUCUGGAGGGCUGUGUACACUAUAAAGUGGUGCGUUACGAGAAGAUAAAGUUCUUGGUGAUUGCUUUGAAGAACGCUGUGGAGGUGUACGCUUGGGCCCCGAAACCCUACCACAAGUUCAUGGCCUUCAAGUCAUUCAGGUCUCUGCCUCAAAAGCCAAUGUCUGUUGACCUGACGGUGGAGGAAGGUCAGAGGUUAAAGGUAAUCUACGGCUCCUUGUCUGGUUUCCACGCCAUUGAUGUAGACUCUGGGACACCCUACGAUCUCUACCUGCCUACACAUAUCCAGGGUUCCAUCCGCCCCCAUGCCAUCAUUAUUUUGCCAAACAGCGCUGGAACAGAGGUUCUGGUUUGCUACGAGGACGAGGGCGUCUACAUCGACACGUACGGCCGCAUCACCAAGGAUACAGUGCUGCAGUGGGGGGAGAUGCCCGCGUCGGUCGCCUACCUCCAGUCUAACCAGGUGAUGGGUUGGGGUGAAAAGGCCAUUGAACUGAGAUCUGCCAACACAGGGAACCUAGAGGGAGUUUUCAUGCACAAAAAGGCUCAGAAACUCAAGUUCCUGUGUGAAAGGAAUGACAAGAUCUUCUUUGCCUCUGUGCAGUCAGGAGGCAGCAGUCAGAUUUACUUCAUGACUCUCGGACAGAACUCGCUAUUCAACUGGUAAUGAGUGGACCUGCUACUCUCUGGGAUCAACAGCUGAUGCCUGCCAUUAUUUGGGGGUUUGCGAGGUGAUGCCUUUUCAUAUUCGUGCUGACACAUACUCAAACACAUACCCCUGGAUCGAUUACCCAAGCCUCUCGUCUAGUGUGGCCAAUACGUUUGUAAAUGUAAACAUGGACGGAUUCACCGUGGGGUUGAUCAUAAUUCCAGCUGUGCUUGAAACCAUCGUUGACUACUGAAGCCUGGAGCUCCACCUUUUCAGCCACAGCGUCACAAACAUCUGGAAAUUCAGCUAAAAGGAGCUUUAGUUCACCUGUCGAUGGAAAGUGUUAGAAUCUGUAAGGUGAAAAGCACUUGACUGGUAGAUUCUGGAAGAUGUCUCAUAACCAUCACGUUACUGUUCAACAUCUGGUCCUCAAGAGUCCGUCCUAUACUUAAACCGGACCUGAUUAUCUACAUCUGUCAGCACUGGAGACAUUCAACUUGUUUGGAUCAGUAAUUCUUGUCUUUUUUUUUUUUUUUUAAGGAAUCCCUCCUACACAACUACACAACCUUUCAUCAGUUACUCAGCUUACUUUGUGUCGAUCAGCUACUCACUCGUAUUCGCUAUAACAAUGCCUGGCUCUCAGCUAUGUUUUCGGUUGUUUAUUACUGGAUCACCUGCGCCCAAGUCAUUACAUCUGGAUCAUUACUCUCCCCACACAGACAAGGGGAGUAAUCUCCGGUGCGUCUUCAUAAAAGCAUCUGUUUGAAAAGGAGCGAAAAAGCGGAAGAACAGAAGCGCUUCAUCAUCCUCGUUGACUCCACGGACAUCAUCUGGGCAUUUCAGAUACUGGUUUUUGUUGGAAAUGUGGGCCAAACCUUCUUAAUUUAACCCCCCUCAUAAUUUUCUUUAAUCAGCUUCCAGAUCCAAACGUCUUUGUUGUCUGUCUCCAAUACCUCAGAAGUGUUUCUUUGUGUCAAGUUUUCCUCGUUACUGCUUUAAUCAGAAUUGAAGGACCCAAUUCAAAUGAUUAUAUCACUGUACUGAAUCCUUAUGUUGUUAAUUAACAUAAAGUAUUAUUAGAUAUAUGAUUAUAUUAUGCACUAUCAAAUGGUAUGUUCUUGGAAGAAGUGUUUCCUUUCCUUCUUCAGGUUGACAGUGAGUCAGUUAAACAUUUCGUAGAUUUAAUCAGUUAUGUUUUACUGUAAAUACACCGUCGCUGCAAAUCUUAUAAUAAGACCAAAGGUCUGAAUUGAAUCUAUUAAGACGUACAGCAUUAUCAUGAAGAUAUAGUUCACUUAUCUCUAGUUUAUUUAUUAGGUAAUUCUAUCCCUAAUAAGAGUGGCAAGUCAACUUUUCUGUCUGUUUUGCCUGAAAUCAGUUCAAAUAAGUUGAGUUGGUUUUAUGAAAACAUUAUUAAUACAGUCAGUACCCCAUCAGUCCUCUUAGACCCCAGUUUGAGCAUUCACACCACCAGAUCUAGAUCAUGUAAUUUAGGUUGUAUUACUCCAUGACAAGGACCUUGAUAACCUUGUACUUUACUGUAAGAGUUUCAGUUGUAAUACACCGCAAGUAGAGAUACAAAACUUCACAUUAACUGGCUAUGAAUGCUUUUGUACAGCUAAGGAUGUAUAUAAUAUUGUAAAAUGCACUGUUUUCUAAAAAAAAAAUUAUAAUUGACAAGCCAUCUUUAUGUAUGUGUACAGAAUUACAGGCUAAUGAAUGUGAAACGCCAUCCCAAAACAGAGUUCAUACAUGUGAUAUCCAUGUUCUUGGAAAAUGUUACAGUCCUUGUUAAAAGGCUCAAGAUCAAGUGAUGUAUCAUGUUAAUUCUGCUGUGUGAUUGAUUUUCCCCUUAACGUGUAUAAGUCAAUCUCUUUGCACAAUGGCCACCUUGUACAUAUUUUAUGUAAUAUAUCCGACUUUGAGAUGAUUUUAAGCUUCAGAGUGGGAAACAUUAAAAGCCAUUCGGUAGUCAGUAUUGAAGAGAUUACUCCUAGACAUUAGCUUUAGAUCAGUAUUUCUUACACUACCCAACAUGGGACAGAUACCUGUUUUUGAUGGAUAUUCUUGGUGAAAUGAUGUUCUAAAAGAGAUGUGAUGCAAUGUACUGGGCCCCCAAAAAAGUGAAAAGGCCCGGUUGUAUAAUACUUAGUCUGUUUUGUUGCUGGUAUUUUGUGUAGUUGACACAAUGAGCCACAAAGCAAGAAACCAAAGAUCAAGGCUUUGAGAUAUUGGCUUUCUUGAGAUACUUCGCAAAUCACAACUGACAAUUUGUCAAUAUUUUUGAGAUUUUUCCAUAUUAAACUAUCUAAAUGCGCUAACCUUGCCGAGUUCAGUGUAUAUAAUGAUUCACUUUUUGAUAGACAACAACAAAUCCAACAAAUCAGACACACUGAGGACCUGAAAAAGCUCUCUGGUCUGAUGUGUGUUGCUAAAUUGCCACAAAUUAUAUGUAAUUUACUGUCGCUAGCUGUCAGAUAUUUAAUAGCCCACAUGCUUUACACAAGUAUUACUGUAGGUUUGGUGAAGAAGUAUUUGUUUUUUACCUUCAAAUGUGAAUUUUCAAUUUAUUUUUAAGUCCCAGUUUUCUUUCAUCUUUUUAUGUUACAUUAUUCUCUAUAUUGUAUUUACGCUUGAAUUUUGUGGCUAUCAAAAAUUGCGCCAAAUGUUUUGUAUUCAGUGAUACUUUAUUUGGGUUUGUUUUUAUUAUGGACUUAUAGAAAUAUUACAGCUGGUUCUGUGAGAAUAUUUUAAACUGGAAACAGAUCUUUCUGACAACUGUCUUAUUUCUAGGUUGUUACCAAAUUAGCUUCAGCGGGUGAGACAGUAUUUCUCGCUGACAUACCGGACCAGUUAGCUAGUUAACAUGGCUUCAGUGCAUUGUAAACGAAUGCUGAUAGGCUAACAGACACAGCGUGUACGUUAGCUAGUACGGGCUAACAUUUCAGAGCCAAGAGCUUCUUGCUAACAUGUAGCUAAGCUUAUAAAAAAGUUUAGCUAGCAGCACCACCUUUUCUCUUUUUACACAGAUGACUUUGGACACAAAAUAAGCCAUAUAGGAUUCUUACUUAGAUAUAUGUUUUGAGAUAUGAUUUAAAAUAUAUUAAAUUGGCCAAAAAUGUAAAAUGAAUUCAGUCAAAACAUAUUUUGGACCUUGGAAAUAUAUUUUGUACCCAUGAGCAGCUGAUAGAAACUGCAGGUAAAAAGCUUUGGUCCAAAUUGACAUUUUUGCUUUUUUUAAUUUGAACCCAUUGCCUAAAGGUACUUCGACAUAUGUGUGGACAGGAUAUAUCAUAUUUACACCCAGGCACUGUGUUAGCUUUGGUCAGGUUUGGUCUUCUGUUGAGCGGGUUUGGCUGGGAUCCUGAGUAAGACCCCUAGGCCAUUGUAGUCCAAAUAGGACAAGAGACCAGACCAAAGCUAGUCCUGAGCUACCACAGUGGUUCCAGCUUCUGUUUAGCUCUACCACGCAUUAGCAAGGAUAGAGUACAGUAACAGUUCACCAUCACUGACAGUAUUUGCUGCACUCUAUUCAACUCUCUAGUUAACACAAAUACUUAAUUCCUGUUAAAUUAACAAAUCAGUCCUGUAAUUGAUCAGCUUUUUUGAGAUGGUCCAUUUGAUAUAAUCCUUGCUCCUUUUCCAGUUUUCACCUGAUUGUAUUACAAAGUCAGCAUUUGUUCAACUUUUUAUUUUCAUGCAGUUAUAUCAUAGUGACAAAUGUUAUCAGAAGAGUUUGAGUUUUGGAUUUGGGCCAUUUUAUCAAAUCGGUCUUAAGAUUUUAGUUUAUCAGAUAAGAUUGCUGUCCGAGUUUGAGCUCACAGAUGAUGUUUUUUCUAUUGGAAAUGAAAGUGUUUUCUCUUUAAAUCAUUAUUCUAAAUGUGCCCAAUAACUUGUAUAUUUGACAACUCAUCAGUGUUUUAUCUGCAUCGUUCUUCAUGCUUCUUCAACAAACAGCACAACCAUGAGCUCUGCUACAAAGUGACGAGCCCCUUUGUCACACCUAAUGAUGUGAGUUAUAUCUGGGUUCAUCUUUUUUUGUCAGUUUUGAGACACAAUGGGGAUAUUUUGCGGAUUAUUAGAAACAAACUGCUCUGUCUUCUCCUGUACUUCAUCCUCUUGUGCUGAACAUUUGACGGGAGCUGUUUCACUAACGAAAGAGAGAGAGAGAUCAGCGCACUCCCGCCUACACCUUCCACCGCUUAAAACGAUGAUAGAUUCUGUUUCAGGCUCACGGUGACUCACUCAUCUCCAACUCUCCCACCAACCCUCUUUCUCUCACUUUGUCAACACGGCUCUCCUUGCCUUUCGUUUUUCCUCUGCUAAAGUCUCUCCUCCACCCAUCUCAAGCACCUCUCACUGUUCUCCAGCUCUUUCUUCCCACGUCUUAUUCUCUCUGUAGCUUUUUCUCUGUCUCGUCAAGUAUCUCCCCAUCCACCCCCAGCUCUGCUGAAGUACCCUUCAGCCAAUUCAGGAAGCAUUUUAUAUCUUCGAGUAGUCAUCAGAUUGGCUCGGUGGCUGUCAGGCGGGAGUGGGAAAUUAUUUUUUAUUUUAUUUUAUUUAAUCACUUAAUUAGGUAUGAGAGCGUGGGCGUGACAUGCAAAGCAGCCCACACUGAUACAGGAAAUUACCACAGCAUUAGCCAUCUACUGUACAUUGCAUAAGGCAUAAUUAUCCACUCAAGAGCCUUGAGAAAGAGACCACAGAACUGGUCCAAUCCUGGUUUUUUGGUGAUUGGUGAAGUUGGAUGAAGGAUGAUGCAGAACCAUGCUAAUACAAAGCACUUCAAAUGUGUUGCUGUCAAAAAUAUGAAGUGAAAGUGAGACUAUGUAACUUUUUGUUGGGAGUUAAUACUGAAUGAUAAAACAUAGCAUAACAGCAGCACAACUUAAUCAAACUUUAAAUAAGAAUGUUUUAUUUAGUUCCACUUGAAGUGUUACAACUGUUAUUUUCCAGUAUGAGCAGAAAGUCUGUGGAUGAACUGUGGCGUUCUCAGGAGAGCGUGUGGGAGGGUGCGAUGUCGACGGUGAACAGGUGUUUAAUGUGCAAGUAAGGAAAUGUGGAGGAGGUGGUUGGUUGGCUUGAGUCAGGUAUUUGUUAAUUAGAAGGAUCUUGAAUGUUGCUGUAAAACACAAAUCCACAAUUAUUAAAAUAUAUGGAAGAGAUUCUGAGUAGGGAAAAGUAGGAAAACAGUGGGAAAGUUGUUUUUUUGAAAAUGCGAAGGGAACCACGUCUCUUAACUGCCUUAAUUAACGAAUUGAGAAUUUAUUGAUUAUGAUAAUGAUCAUAUGGAGGAGAAAGAGAAAGGAUGUGAAGGAGAGGGACAGUCAAUAUGAUUAUGGAUAACAUUGAAUGCAUUUUCCUGCUUUAUAGCUCAAACUGUAAAGCAGCAACAAGCCAAUAAUAGCUAGAAUUGACUGCAGACGAGUGCUAUUUAUCAAAAAGUUGAGAUUAAACCGAGACUGUCGGAGCUGAUGACGUCGCCC